AUGAUUAUCUACACUGACGCCUUCACCGGUGACGAGCUCGUCUCCGACACCUUCAACCUGCAGGUCAGCAAGAUCUCCCCAAUCCUUUGGGAGUGCGAUGUCCGCAAGUACAGCCGUCCCGUCGGUGGUGGCGACGACUUCCAGCUCGAGGGUGCCAACCCCUCCGCUGAGGAUGUUGAGGAGUCCGGUGGCGGUGAGACCGAGAUGGAGAUGGUCCACGACAUUGAGGACCAGUUCCGUCUCAACUGGUUGAAGGAUGAGUUCCGUCCCUCCAAGGAUGCUUUCAAGGCUGGCCUCAAGGCUUACCUCAAGCGCCUCCAAAAGUACCUCGUCACCAUCCAGUCCGAGGAGGAGCACGCCGCAUGGAAGGCCGCUGCCCCCGGUGCCCUCAAGGCCCUCAGCGCCAACUACGACAACUACGACUUCAUGGUCGGUGAGAGCCACAACCCCGAUGGCCAGUACGUCCUCAUUGACUUCCGUGAGGAUGGUGUCACCCCUUACGCCCUCAUCUGGAAGGACGGUCUCAAGGAGACCAAGGUCUAA